UGAGAUCUCUGUCCUCUCUCUCUCUCUACAUUCUCCGACCAUGAAACGGGGGUCGUACUCGUCGUCCGGCCACCGGAGAUGCGCUCCGGCCCCGCCGGCCGGCCGCCGGAGCCCGCUGCGGCACCUCAACGGCGUCGCCGCCUGCCGCGGCCGGAGCAGCCACGCCUCCGCCUCCUCCUCUUGCUCCUCUUCUUCUUCCACCACCACCGCCGCCUCCAUCGAAGCUCCCAGAGGUUGCCUCAGGUUCUUCCUCUCUCACUCCUCUUCGACCAGGAACGUCGCCGGUCGGACCUGUGCUCCGGCGAGGACGCCCAAGUCGGCGCCGGCGAGGCCGUCGAAGUCCGAUCACCAGCGCAAUCGCGGCGCUGCGGCGAAGGCGGCCGAUUUGGAGGUACCUAGAGCAGUCAAGCAGCCGAAGCUCAAGAAGAACCCUCCUUGUCUUUACCAGUGGCAAUCUGCGAAAACGGCCGCUUCCAGGACUGGCAAGAAGAGCGGCAGCUCUCCUGUUUCUGGAGCCGAUGGCAAUGUCGCUGGCGAGUUUCCUUCCGGUUCCGAAGCAUCGAAGCGGGAACGGAUUGAGCUUGGUUCGGCUGGAAAUGGCGGCGCUACUUCUACUCCGAUUAGUAAGGGAUCUGGCGUAGUAGAGACGCCGUGCGGGGGCGAUAGAAAUGUGGAGGAGAACUCAAGUAAUAGCAAAAUCAAGACUCCUCCUAUCCUGGCUUCCGUGUCUCCGGAGAUACAAUGCGGGUCGGGUUUGAUGAACUACUCUGGGACGAUCGCGUCGGCAGGAGGAACGGCCGGGACGCAUCCUUGUUUCGGUGCUGGUUAUGUCGUCUCGGGAGUCGCCGAUAGAAGAAAAUGCAGGCCUAGGGGGAUUCUUAGCGUUAGAGAGAACGAGUCGGACUUUAGCGUUAGUGGUAGUCACGGCAAUGGUGAUGGUGAAAGUUUUAGUCGGCUUGCCGACAAACCUAGCAUCUCGCCGGUACCUUUACCUUGCGAAGCUUCGAUGCAGUGGUUGUUGUCUCCAUGUAAUGAGGAGGAUGAGGAGCAUAAAUAUGAUUCUGAGAAUGAAUCAUGCCCAUUUGAGAGGGUUGAAGAGGAAGGGUCUGCUCUCUGUGCUCUUACUUCACCCUUGUCUGGUCCUGUCUUUUCUUCAGAUGCUGGUAAUAAGAGUAAUGUGACAUGUACGACGACAGGCACAGAUAGCAAUAGUGGGGGAAGGAAUCCUGAGGUGACUUCUUCAAGAGGACUCCUUGAAUUUGAUGAAUUAUUGCAGCCUCCACAGUGUACUGGUGAUGUUUGUUCUCCAGCAGAGAUGACCCCUAUUUGGAAGGGUUUUUCUUUAAAGGAAGAAAGGAAAUUGAGUUACAAUGUUGAUCGACUGGAUGACCCAUCAAAUGCAGACUCGCUGGGUAGUGGAAAUGUUAUACGAACCCCAAACUCCGACUCAAGUUCAGAUGGAUAUUUCCGCCUGUCGUGGGUUAAUAAUGCUCAGCAUGGAAGGAAGGAUCAAACAGAUUCUGAGAUAGAUCUACUGACUCAAUCUUUUAGUAAUGCCACUUUAUCUCCAGACUACUCUAUGUCUACAUGCGAUUCAACAAAUCUAAAUUUCCGGUUAGAUUGUCUGGCAAUGCCAUCCAACUCCAUUGAUUUGGCACAAGUUCAAAAUGUUCUUGAUAGCAAAGUACAUUGGGCUUCCAAUUCCAGUGUAGACAAUGUAUCACAAUCUGAUUUGAGGAUAUCUUGGAGAGAUGGUUUAGUUAGUAGGAUCUUUGAGAUGGACGAGUAUGAUUUUUGCAAAUGCUUGUCUGAUGAUGAGGAUGCUACUGGCAGUGAUAUUGAUCUAAAGUUGCAUAAAAGUCCUGCACAUAAUGUAAACACUCAGAAUGCUGCUGCUGAAAAUGUUAAUGAUAACAAUACCUUGGGCUCAAAUCAUUUUGUGGAUGAGAAGCAUGAAAAUGAUCAGAAAGUCGAAGACAUGCAUUCCCGUCAAAAACAAUUUGAAUCAGCUGAAUCCAUAAGCUUUGAUGGAGGUGGUCUUCUAGCUUCAACUUCAAGUGAUUCAGACUGGAAUCUAUGCUACAAGAACAGCUUAUUCAAGUAAAAGCAUUGGGAUCAUUCAUCUAGUCUUGACCAAGAAUAUCUAGGACAGGACAGAAAAAGAUCAGACCAAGAAACUCCAAAUGAUCGCUUUCGAGGUUGCGAAGUUACGGAAGACGAGUUAAACGGAGUCGGUCAAGUUCGUGAGAAAGGAGGAAAGGCAGUUAGCUUUGGAUUGUCCUUUGGCAAAAGUUACUAAAAGGCAUAUGCUCUUCAUCCAAUCGCUUACUCUGUCUUGCCCAGGGACGCAAAACUUCAGAGACCAUCGUACGUUCCAACUGGGCCAGAGAACAAGUCAGAACACAAUGAUAAUGAAACUUGUUAGGUAUAAUACAGCCAAUAGGAUUACAUAAGCAAGAGAUGCCCCCCUUAACCAUGUAAUUAAAUAAGAAGAAUAAAGAAAUCAAGAAACGAAGCAGAUAUUCGAAAA